AUGUGUCGCUACGAGCUCCUUGGACGAGGACUACUGUAUUGGCAGCGUCAAAAGUCCAAAGCAAACAGGGAUUCACUGUCCAGAAUGCUUCACGAGAUCCUACUCUCACUCUCAGGUCAACCGUCCCCGCUCUUCAAUGUUCAUUCAGAGGAAGAUAUCAUCUCUGAAAAUGCUUUUCCUCUGGCCCCUCCGGAAAAAGCCCUCCUCGCAUCACUCUCCCGCUUGAGCAAACUCCAUGCUGGGUUACGAAAGCACACAGCGUUGAUAUCGUCGUCACAUCCAUCCGUCAUCUGCCGUGCUGUCGCUACGAAUAUAAGCGCACAACACCUCGGCAAUUUUCAGAAGAAGAUACUAGACGUCGAGAAAGCGGUGUUGGCAGAGGAUAGUGCGUACGUUGGUGGCUAUGGCAUUGUCCCAUUAUCGACAAUUGUUGGAGAGUUUUCGCCCUGGACACGACGACUCGAGUGGUUGUGGGAAGUUGUUCACUUCAUCAUUCCAGAACAAGGAACCGGGAGCGCACAAGGCUGUACAGGCGCCGCCUUGAUCAACUACCUACGGACAGAAUCCCAGACAGGCUAUGUUGAUCUUGAAGAAAUGGCGCUGCACAUGAUUGCAACAGCCGAGACUGCUUGGAUGAGGCAGUUAUCAACAUGGCUCUUGUACGGGACUCUCCCGGUCUUUGGGAAGGAAGACUUCUUCAUCCAGGAAGAUAAGUCGAGCGAUCCUGAUAGCUCCUCGGCAGUUACACAGUUUGUAAUGCAGACGAAUUUGCUUCCUCAGUUUGUCUCAUUACAAACAGCGUCUUCAAUCUUGUUCAUCGGGAAGACUUUAAAUCACAUCAAAGCUAAACGCACAAGCUCCAUAGCCGAAUUGUCUAAUGGUUUUUCGACAUCGCCAGUCACUCUCCAGGGAGAGCAUAUCAAGCAUCUUGCUUCUUUGGAAUCGCCAAUAUCCGCUUCUAGGUUGUCAAAUGCUAUAGACUCCAUUCGUUUGUCCUUAUCACAGAGCACAUUAUCGAAAUUAUUACCUCUGCCUAAGAUUCUUGAGAUCCUUGCCGUUCUACAUGAUUUCCUGCUAUUGAGACGUGGAGAAUUUGCUACUGCUCUUGUCAAGAACGCUGAUUCCCGACUACUCGAAAGACACCGGAGGCCAGAAUUAUUCUCUGCAAGGGCAAAUACACACACCGGGCUAGAAGGGCUUGUCGUGAAAGAGGGGGAUGUACUGAGUACUUUGACACAAUCCUGGACCGAGCUUUACUCUUUACAGAACGAAGAGGAUCCCGCGGAUGAAGCCCUCGAUCUUGCUAAGGACCUUAUUCGCCUUUCAAUCUCUGGCAAAGACAAUGGUCAAGUAGCUUCAUCGUUCUCAGAACUAAGCGGGGCUGACUUGACAGCGGAACUCUCGGACGUUUUGUUUGAUGACCUUCUUUUUCCGACGCCCACAUCCCUCUCAGUGGAAGUCCGCGCGCCGCUUGAUUUAUUCCUCUCUACCUCCGACAUCUCCGUAUAUUCAAAAAUCCAUUCUUAUCUCUUGGGCAUCCGGCGUGCGCAGAUACGGAUUGGCGAUCUCUGGAAGCAUUCGUUCCUCCGAAAAAGCCAUCCAUCUCCUUGGGGCCCACCAAGGAGCAACUCUGCCUUUGGUCAGAGUAAGCUUGCAUUGGGAAGACAAAGGGACAAUAUCCGAAUCCGACAAAUGAGGCCUAUCUGGGCUACGGGCAGUGCCUCCCUAUUUGUCCUAUCAGAAAUAGGCAGUUUCUUUCAGGGUGAGAUCGUCAAUGGCUGCUGGCAACACUUUCGUGAGUGGAUCGAUGGUGGUAUAUCCAUCGCAUCUGCGACGAACUCGCGACCUGGAACAUCGUCAUCGUUCAAAAACAAGCACAACGAGGACUUCUUAGAUGAAGCCUCGGCUGUUGAUCACCCUAGCUAUCCCACUCAACGACACGAUCCUGAAACUCUUACCGUUGCGCAUCGUCGCUAUCUCUCCUCACUCGUUCAGUCAUUGUUCCUCACCGAUGAAUCCUUCCCGUCGGCCCUUCGGUCGCUGCUUGCUGUUAUUGACCGUUUCAUCGCACUGAUCAUUCGUCUAGAGAAUGUCCAGCGCAACAUGGACUUGGAAACGGAUGAAGGUGUAGUGGACGCCUUGGCAGAUUAUCCAAGAGAGGAGCGUGAGUUAUGGGAAGCUUUGAACGACACGAGAAAUGAAGUUGAGGAAGGCAUUCAAAAUGUUGUUGCACGAUUACGAGAUAUCGACGAUAGUCGCUCUGGUGAGGGACGAAAGAUGUUUGGCCUGGCAAAGUAUCCUGGUGGUAAUUCAGCCAUCGAUCGGCUGAACGAUGCCUCUGCCGGGCCUCACUUUUGCCAAUAUAUACCGCGAAAGGCCGCUGGAGUGGAUUGGCUCCUGAUGAAGCUGGACUUUGGACAUGCCAACGGAAGCAUGGGGCCUAUAGCUCCUGCGGUAAGCGAAUUUGUUGUGAUGGACUAG